GGAAUUGAAUUUUGUUUCCUUUGCUUUCAGAAAGUAAAAUUGAACAUUUUCCUUCAAUAGGUAAGCUAUGUUCCUGAUUUUCCCACCUUUAUUAUUGUCCCUUGUUGAUCCUUGUCUCCUUCCAAUAAUUAUAUAAACUAUCCCACAAACAGAGACAGGCACACUGCCCUAGCCAACACCAAAUAAUCUCCUUAAGCAUUUGAGUAACCAUGGAGACUUAACACUGAGAUGUGGCUUCUGCAUUUCAGUUGCUACUAACAAGAACGACCGGGUGCCUUUUUCCAUUCUACAUAGAGAGAAGAAGAAUAUGUCUUCAGCAUCUUCAGUUUCUGGUCCUGAAAAAACUUCAACAUAUGAUGAGUUCUUCAUGCAGCAGAGCUUACUCUUUGCGGAUACUCUCAAGGAUUUAAAGAACUUGAGAAGACAACUCUAUUCGGCAGCAGAAUUUUUUGAAACAUCUUACAGAAAAGAUUCCCAGAAACGAAUAGUGGUGGAGAGUGUGAAAGAUUACGCCAUCAAGGCCUUGAUCAAUACUGUGGAUCAUCUGGGUUCCGUAGCAUUUAAAGUCAACAAUCUUUUUGAUGAAAAGAUCGGUAAAGCUUCUGAAACAGAACUCCGCUUGACUUGCCUCGAACAGAGAGUAAAAUCAUGCCAAGAGUUCAUCAAUGGAGGGGGGCUUUCGCAGCAGUCAUUGGUGAUAAUAACUCCCAAGCACCACAAGCGUUACAUAUUCCCAGAUGAAGAGACCACUGAUGAUCUGGGACAGAACCCAUCAAGCUGUGAAAAUAGCAGCGUGAGUGCUGAAGAGGAUUCAACUCAACUGAAAACUGCUGCUCAAGUAACAACUACAGAGAGCCCUUCAACAUAUCUCAGAGAAGUGCAACACACGUUGCAAUCUCCACAGCCUUCCGCGAGACAAGGAACCUUUACUUUCCCAAUAAUUUCACGCAACAAAACGCCAGAGAGAAGAGCAGCCUCUCCGCUUUACCUUCCAUUUGUUCGUUCAGGCUCUCUUCUUAAGAGAUCUCCCUCUCCAAACCUUUCUCGUGCCAAACGGCGGUAUCCAUCAGAGCCUCGGAGAACGGUCUCAUUAACUACAUUUGCUGAAGGAAACAUGAACAAAGAUUUUGAACAAAAUUCUGGGAAAAGCAAAGGCCUCUUUAAGGCCUUUCUUAGCCUGCGCAAGUCCAGAAAAGAAGCCACGUUAUACAAUUUCUUGGACGAAAACUGAGGAUGGAUAAAUAAAUAAAUGCAUGUUGUUUUAGGAAUUUAGUAGCAGUUUCAGUUAAGGCUUAUUAUUUUUGGUGAUAAUUUGUAUACUGGUGAAUUUUGUUUCACUAGUGAUAGCUAUAGUGCUAGUGCUUUUUUAUUGAAUUUUUUUCGCAGUUAA